CCCCCGCGCCCAGCCGGCCGGAGCCGGGGCCGGAGCUGGGGCCGCCAUUGCCAUCGGGACGGCGGCGGCACGAGCAGCGCCAUGAAGAUCUGGAGCUCGGAGCAUGUGUUUGGACACCCAUGGGAUACUGUAAUCAAAGCUGCUAUGAGAAAAUACCCCAAUCCCAUGAAUCCAUGUGUAGUAGGAGUAGAUGUGCUAGACAGAAGCCUUGACAACCAGGGAAGGUUACAUAGUCACCGCCUUCUCAGCACAGAAUGGGGAUUGCCAAGUAUUGUAAAAGCGAUUUUGGGAACAAAUAGGACUUUGACAUACAUCAAAGAACAUUCUGUAGUAGAUCCAGUGGAAAAGAAGAUGGAACUCUGCUCCUCCAAUAUUACCCUCACAAACUUGGUGUCGGUUGAUGAAAGAUUGGUCUACAGACCUCAUCCAGAAAACCCUGAAAAGACUGUACUGACACAAGAAGCAAUUAUUACUGUAAAAGGAGUUAGCCUGAGCAGUUAUUUGGAAAGUUUAAUGGCAAAUUCAAUAUCCUCCAAUGCUAGAAAGGGGUGGGAUGCUAUUGAGUGGAUAAUUCAAAAUUCUGAAAGCGCCCUAAGCUAGCAGGCUUUUCUACAACUGCAGCUUAUACUAACUAGUGGUAACUCCAGCAUUCUUUUUUUUUCGGUACAGCAUUUCAGCUUUCUAGCAAAUGUGUGCAUGGACUGUUGUGAUGUGAUCUCUAUCAGAAUUAACUUGCAUGCACAUUGUGUAUAAACACAUUACGUACAGGAAUGGCAAACAUGUUUAUUGGAAUAGUCAGAGAUGCUGGAUGAGACCUGGAAGGAUCAGUUAUUCCAUCCCCUGUAUCACUGGAAAGACUGGAUACAGAGACUGCUUACAUGCACAAGAUAGUAGCAUGUUUAUUGCGGGUACUCAUGCAUGUGAAUUUGUUACUAAGGCUCCACCAGACCUAAUUUAAUUCCUUUGGUUUCACUGCAGUUAAGGCAGUUUCUAUGGAGAAUUAACAAACUGGCUAAUGGAGUUGCCAUUAUGAAGAGGGACUAGAACUAUACAGUUGAAAGGAUUAGGAUUGAUAUCUCAUAAUAGGGGUGGCCUGACCAGAGUAGGGAUUUUUUAUGGGUUUUUGUUAUGGAUUUUUUUUACUUAUUUUUUGCUUUGUCAAAGUACUGCUGCUUGAUUUAUCCUCCCUGACUAGAUUGUUUGCAUUCUUGAGAGAGAGUUGCUAGAAUUGACCUUUACAUUUUAGGUGGGAGUUUGUUGCGGAAGUUUGCACAUUACUGUAAGAGCAAGUAAAAUAUUUUAAUAAAUCUGUAUAUCUUGCAUUGGUUUCUAGUUUAUUGCUGUUUACAGAUUAAUUGCCACCCCUAAACGUGAUGGUCAUGAAACUUAACUUCAGGGCUGAGGGAAAUGAGUGCAGCUUUCUUUGCUGUAUAUUUGUACUGAACGGUAAAUGUCCCCUCCAGCUUUUAAUUCUUUUAGGCAGUCUAACUUGUCUCCAUUGUUCCUGUAUUGAAAAACUUUAAAACUUCCACUGACAAUCCCCAAACCAUUUUCAUUGCUCUUAUUCUCUAUCAUUAUGGUGGGCUGUGAGUAUAUAACUUAGCAAAUGAUGGCCGUGUGCUUUCAAGUUCCUGUCUCAGUAAAUUAUGACUUGGACAAAUAGUUGAAGCUUUAUAUUCUCCAAAAACUUUAGCUGGAGCAGCCAGCCUUGACUUGUGGCCUAAAACUUAUGAACAAAUGUUCAUACCCAGUUUCUGAAAUACCACUGAAUGCAUAUAAUGCCAGAAUAUGUAGUACUGGGUUAAUGCAAUGUGCAUGCUUGGUUAUGAAUGUGCUUGCUUUAAUCAGCAUCGUAUAUAGAAAUUAAAUAGCAUUGUGUUGGUUAUAUAAAUUGUGAAACUCUGUAAACUAGUCCUCUGUCAGAUUAUUUCUUCUUACUGAGCAAAAUUGCCCAGAUCUUUAAUUAUGAACGAAACAGUAAUUGUGGAGAUUUUAAACCACUUAAAUUCCAGGGCAGAAUUUUUUUUCUGAACCUUUCCAUUCCACCAUGGUGUGUUAAUUUCUAGUUGCAAGGUAGCAGGGCUGGGUUGAUUCACCAGGCUUACCUGGAUGUAAAUAGUUCUCUAGAGAAGAAAAUACCUUUUCACUUAAGGAAGUUGCUUGAAAAUUAACAAACUGAAAACUGGCUUUAGAUCACGGCCUAGUCACUUAUGGAAAGACUGGUGGUAUUCUUCUAUAACACAAGAGUUCUGCUCAAAGUGUUGUCUACUUUUUGACUAAUUCAAGUGUAAUCUUCCUGUGAUUGGGCUUUAAGGUGAUUAGCAUUUAAAUUGCCACUUUUUCAAUACCUUAUAUUGCUGCCUCUAAUUAAGGGGAUGGACACCAACUUAAGAAAUAAACCUUUCAAUUGGAUUCUUGUGACAUCUGUAUCAUAUUAAAUGAAUAAUCAAGAGAUUUUUCUGUCUCUGACAGUGCUCUGCUUAGUCAGGGGCACUAAUAUGUGAACAUUCAUUUGUAUUUCUUAUUGUAUGCCAUAGUCUGCAAAAGCCUGGCUCUAGUAAGCCAAUUGAAAAAAAUAUGCUAGUGACAGCAGCAGCAAACUGAAACCAAAGAAACAGAGGCAUGUACACAGAGGAAGUGGAGGGUGAAUGGGAAGUGAAGGAAGAAUGGGCUAACCCAAAACAAUCUAAAUAAUAGGGAAGCAGAAGGGCACAGGGUGUGUUGGUAAUCGGACUCAAAACUACCAAGUGUAAAAUUACACAGAUUGAGGAUAUUGCAUCAGGCUGUAAUCUAUAUCCUGGCUUCCAAACUGUGGAUGGGCUACUCACGUGAUCUUAUGCAGUGAAUGAAUUUUCUCCUGCUUGGUCUUGGACUAAGAAUGAUGUUUUGAUUAGAUGGGUUUUCUGGUUUCAAAAAAUACUUCAACAGCUCUUUGGGUUAGGGGCUAUCUGCCAACAUGGAGGCAGAGCCCAGCCUCCUGUGACUAUUAUCCUAACACAAAAACUUGAAAAGUCGGUAAAAGGGACUCUUCAUUUUCUAAACUUGACAUAUUCUUUGCUCUGAAGAAGGAUGGUAUUUUUAUAUUUCAAAACUAAAUUUAUUCAGCCAGGCUAGUCCACAGUCUGAAAAAAGGGUCUUACAAUUGUGUUGUGUAUGUUACCAACAUAAAAAAGACUGAGCUGAGUUGCAUUUCUCAGUGGUUUGCAAAGUCAUUAUUUCAGUGUAGAAUCAUUCUAAUAUCCAGCAGCUGGGGAAGUGGAGAUGGGAGAAUAAGUAUCCUUCAGCUAGUGAGGGCAUUAUUUAACAUCCUCUUUGCCUCAAUAUCCUUGCCUAACCUUUCAGGUUUUUGCAUGCAUUGCAGUUAGUAAUGCUAAUGACACGUGAAUUCAGUAGAGAGCAUUUGUGUAAAUACAUCUUGAAUUGUCCAUUUCACACAAAUGAUAGUAAAUGGUAACUGGAUUUUGGACAAAGGUAUCAGUGAUAAUGCUACUACAAGAGAACACAUUUUCCUUGUAGGUCAAAGAUGUGGUUGCUGCUGUCAGGUGUUACUGGUCUGUUUCAGGGUCUUGAAUGACAGUAUUUCUAUGGGUUUUGAGCACUUGAGGGUCCCCUUCUAUUUUUGUGGAUAGGUGGUUCUUAGUGUGAAGAAGCUAGUUAUCUAAUUUCUACUCAUUUGGGUACCAUCCUGUGUUCUGCUGUUGUCAGUUCAUCCCCUUAUCAGAAGGCAUUUGUGCAUUUGCUCUUUAUCUAGCUUAAAGAACCUGUAUAUAGGUGGGAAGGCAGAGUUAUAUGGCAAGAAUGGGAAAUGACAGCAUAAGUAAAGGUCACGGUUCUGUAGAGGAUUCCUUUGUGAUGGCAACAGUUUUAUUUCAGAAAUUAGCUUGGUCUUGCCCCUGUCUUCAAGAGCACGUGAAAUCUUCUGGUAUUUAACUUGACAGAAGAUUAGGUUCAUUAGACUAGGUUGAAAAAAAUCUGCCCACCAAAGCCAUGCCUAUUAAACUUCCCUCCAUGGAUCUUUUAAUUCUUUCUUCGCUGGAGAAGAAUCACUG